AUGGACGAUGCUAACCGCCCCAAAGCAGAAGACACGACCACCUGGCUCAUGCUGCUGCUGCCCGUCUUCUUCUGUGUGAUGGCGGUCACGCUGACCAGCUCGUUGUCGUUUACCGCACAGAGGCCUGCAAUGACGCGCAUCGAGUUCCUCAUAAAUGCCGGCUACAUCGUCAUGAACUGCACCAUGAUUGUGUUCCUUGCCUGCCAGUGGGUUUCCUACGAGGUUGCCAUCAGCGGGCUGGAUAGACGCUUUCCCAACAUCAUACGAGUCCAGAGCCUGCUGUCGCACACAUUAUCCGCCUUUUUCCUGGCGCUGUUGAUCUUCUACGGCGCUUGGCGUCUCACGAGACAUAGAUCCCCAGAGAGCACCUACCCCAACAGCAGCGCCGCGAUGCAUCAGCUCUACUGCACAUUCAUCCUGAGCGCUGCCUGGAUAAUCACGUAUCCCUCCGCGCAAGCCAAACAGAGCCAUGCCGAAUGGGACGACUUCUCCGACGCAGGGAAAUAUCCGGAACUCCAAGCCAGUCUCCGGCGACUCGCAAAUCUCCACAUUGGCCUCUUGAUUUUUGGAUGGGUGGUGGCCUACUUGGGACUGACCACCUUCAGCCGUGCUCUAUCCACAUUUCAAUCUCAGGUGUGGGAUUAUUUCCACCCCCCGUCCAAUUUUCGACACGCAAUAGCCACCCGAGGAUAUUCACCGCAUCCAUGGGCCCGGCUCGAACCUCCUGAUGUCGAAGCGCAGUCUCUCGGCAACAGCUCCGUCUUCGAAAUGAAACACCCCAGUAACGUCUCCGUCUCCGUCGCCGGCGGCGGCGGCGGCGGCGGUCCCCAGGAUAACAAAGCGUCGCAUCCUGCCGCGGGAGCACACGCUGCAUCUCCGGAUCCCGUCUCACGGCUAGGCCCACCUGCACCGGCGUUCAUCGGCUCACAGUCACCAUCCCUAAGUUCGUGGUCGACGGAUUCGCCAAACCUAACCCCCCCGCUACCCACUCCAAGUCCAAGCCAGCGCUGCUUUUUCUCAUCGUGGUGGAGUCGCGCGUCGACUUGA